CUGUUGAAUGGAGCCGAGCCUGUGCGUGCGCCCCGCUGAACCGUGCGCUCCGGAGAAAGCGAAGGACAGGAGCGGAGAGGAACGGGACAGCGCACGAAGCAGUGAAAAGAAAUGAAUGAGAGGACAGAAAGUGGACGGAUCGGGAGACGUUAUGUUGUGAAGAAUUAACGGAGGAGUGAGGAGAAAGCGGAGACGCAACGAAGUCAGAAGGCGGAACAUUGAAUUGCCACCAUGGCUGAUGUGCUGGAAAGCGGCGGGGCAGGAGCUGUCGGAGCGGCCAGCGUGGAUUGGCAUAAACGCUGCAUCGCCUUGGAGAUGCAGCUGCUGAGGUUCCGUCUUCAAGCAGGGAAAAUCAGAGAGCUGCUGGCAGAGAAGAUGCAAGAGCUGGAGCAGAGGGUGACAGAAGCAGACCAACGGGCUGAAACUGCUGAGAAACAGAUCCAUAUUAUGGAAGAAAAGAUGAAAUCUGCAAACAUGCAAACCAGUGAGGCAGAGAGCUUGCUGUGCAGAAAGUAUCAGGACCUGAUGAAUCAAGUUCAAGAAAAAGACGUGCUGAUAAAAAGAUUAGAGAUGCAGCUGGAACGACAGAUCUUAGCCAGAGCCCAGGAGGCAAUCAUUGAGGAGAAGGCUGCCAAGAUUAAAGAGUGGGUUACGGUUAAACUCAGAGAGAUGGAGCAGGAAAACCAGCAGUUGAAAAUAGCCAACGUGAAGCAAACAGAACAAAUAAUGUUGCUCCAGGACAAGCUGCAAAUUCUCCUGGAGAAGCCUGCUCCAUCUGGAUCCCCUGCCACCUCCCCUGUCAUGGACACUCACCUGGUGCCCAACAGCCCCCUGUUUCCUCCCAGCUGCCCCAGCACACCGCCAACCCACGAGGACUGCUGGAGGCAGGCAGGCCCCCAUGUGGCUGUCGCUAAUGUCAAGACCUCACCAACAGAUGUGAAAAGAGCUCCUGAUAAAGGGAUUUUCCAUGGAGAUCAUAUAGCCCAUGAUGCUCUCUCUCAGGGUUGGAGCAGGGAGGGACACAGUAGCCCCGUGGCCAGCGCUCGUCCUGAGCUCUCAGUGGACCCUGUGGAAUCAGAAAGUAGGGCAAGAAGCUCUGACAGAGACAACUCGUCUGAUGAGCUCAGUAGUAAAUUCCGCUCCCAGUGCCUUCACUCUUCCUCAUCAUCCUCAUCAUCAUCAUCAGCUUACGAAAUGGCCCAUGGGCCGAACACUCCAGAGUCGCCGGUCAGAAUGCUUCCGCUUCUGCUGCGUUCUCCCUCCACCAACAACCCCUUCCUGAAUCCUCCUCAGCAUCUGGUUCAUCAAUUAGGUACAAGCAUGACUUUACCGAAGGUACGGACUCCGCUCACCCCCAGAGACAGCAUCCAGCUGGUUAAGAAACAUUACAGCCAGCCUCAGCCCAGUCUGGACAGACUUCACCACCUCAAUGUUAACAUCGAUAUCAUGACCUCGUCCUCCACCUCAUCUACCCUCAAGAGUACCGGCACGACCGCCUCGCCCUUUUCCCAGGUUGUGGAAGAAACGGACAUUGAUGAUGGGUUUCCAGACUGUAUGGACGGAGUGGCUGAAGGGGCAGGAUUAGAGGAGCCAUCGCGGGAUGAAGUCUCCUUUGUGGGUCUUGCAGAAGAACUGGAACGCUUGGAUCCAGAGAUGUUGAAACCACCAACUCCUCCUUUACAUCGCUUCCCUUCAUGGGAGAGUCGAAUCUACGCUGUGGCUAAGUCAGGAAUGAGAGUAUCGGAGGCCUGUCCAGGAGCCAAGAACCCCGGACAAGUGUCCAAUUUACCUCAGUACCCAGCAGCAGGUCCAUUCACACAGCUCAUCUAUAAGAAUAUAAAUAUACCUGUUUAUGCCACCCUGAAAGGGAAAGCUACUCAGAUCUGCAGUGUACCUCUGCAUGAUGACUCAGGGUCAGAAGAUGACAGCAGCUCUCUGGCCAGUUUGCGGACCUCCAUCCUCAGCCCAGACAGGAAGAGCAGCGUUCCUGGAAGCCCACGUGCUGUCAAAAGAGGCGUAUCAAUGUCAUCCAUGAGCUCAGAGAGUGACUAUGCCAUUCCUCCCGACGCCUACUCCCUCGACAGCGACUACUCUGAGCCGGAACAUAAAGUCCAGAGAACUUCUUCCUACUCCUGUGAGAGCAUCGGGCCAGUAAUCUGGAAAAAGUCCGGGUACCUCCUGAAGAUGGGCAGUCAGGUAAAAGCGUGGAAACGUCGCUGGUUCAUCCUCAGGAAUGGAGAGAUCCUCUACUAUAAAAUCUCCUGUGAUGAUGUCAUCAGGAAGCCUCAGGGUCAGAUUGACCUGAAUGCAUCCUGCAGUAUAGUACGUGGAGAAGGAGCACAGACAUUUCAAUUGAUUACAGAGAAAAAGACGUUCUAUCUGACUGCAGACUCUCCCAACAUUCUGGAGGAGUGGAUCAGGGUUCUGCAGAACAUACUCAAAGUCCAGGCCAGCAGUCCAGUUAAUGUGGAGACCGCUGCCAAGCCCACCGUGAGAGGCUGGAUGACCAAGGUCAAACCAUGGACAUCUAAACUGGUGUGGUGUUCUUUGGUUGGCAAGGUUUUCCACUACUAUCGUAACCAGGAAGAUAAGUUACCUCUGGGUCAGCUACAGAUGCGUGACGCUUCAGUACACGAGGUGGAUCGCUCCUGCGAUUCAGACGAGGACUAUGAGGCCGGCAGUCGAGGUUUCCUCUCCUCACACUGCACCAUAGUGGUCCAGCCCAGGGACCAGAGCCCCACAUACCUGCUCAUCGGUACCAAACAGGAGAAGGACACCUGGUUGUAUCACCUGACAGUUGCAGCUGGAAGCAGUGCGACCUUCAAGGUGGGCACAGAGUAUGAGCAGCUCAUUGGUAAACUCCUCGAUGCAGAUGGAGACCCAGACUGCCAUUUGUGGAAAAGUGACGCCCUGAGCUUCUGUAAGGAAGGUCUGCGCUCGCCUCUGACCACUCUGCCCUCUGGUCUGCAGACCGAAGCACUCAAGCUUUUUAAGUCCUGCCAGCUUUUCAUCAACGUACUGGUGGAGUCUCCAUCUGUUGAUUACCACACAUCAUUGGCCCAGAAUGCUUUACAAGUGUGCCUGACCCACCCAGAGCUGCAGAACGAGAUCUACUGUCAGCUUAUCAAACAGACGAACCGCCGGACGCCACACACCUACUCCCUGACACAGUGCUGGCAGCUGUUGUCUCUGUGUGUGGCUCUGUUCCUUCCUCAGCAACAUUUCCUCUGGUACCUGAAACAGUACCUGCAUCGCAACGCUGACCCAAGGAGUGAGGUGGGGAAGUACGCGGUGUACUGUCAGAGAUCUGUGGAGCGGACUCUGCAGAAUGGAGAACGACAAGCCAAACCUUCACGUAUGGAAAUAGUUUCCAUCCUGCUGAGGAAUCCUUACCAUCAUUCACUGCCAUUUAGCAUUCCAGUUCACUUCAUGAACAACACCUAUCAGGUAGUGGGAUUUGAUGGCUCCACCACAGUGGAAGAGUUUCUCAACACUCUGAACCAGAGAAUCGGUAUGAGAAAACCUCACAUGUCUGGAUUUGCCCUCUUUACUGAUGAUCCGUCAGGCAAAGACCUGGAGUACUGCCUGCAGCCGACUGCCAAGAUCUGUGAUGUUAUUUCCAAAUGGGAGCAAGCCCUGAAGGAGCUGCAUCCUGGGAAGAACGAGGGUACCCGGAUCGUCCGUCUAACAUACAAGACCCGGCUGUGCAUCAGAUCACAGGUAAAAGGAGAAACAGAGCGAGAGCGCCUCCUGUUGGCAUACCAGGUGAAUGAUGAGGUUCAGCAAGGCCACUUCCCUGUGAACAAGGAGUUGGCUCUUGAGGUGGCUGCCCUCAUGGCACAGGUCUGUCGAACAUGGGAUUUGGAGAGGCUUGGCGCAUCCUCCCCGACUGGGUCUGCUCAGCCCAAAUCUCAGCUGAUUCUCCUGCAAGCCUUAGAACGCUUCUACCCAAAACCCUACAAACAGGGCUGCAGCUCAGAGAAGCUCAGGGAUCUUACUGAGCAGCUGGCCACUAAGUGGUCGAAGCUACAUGGGUGCAGUGCAUCUGAGUGUGUGAGAAUUUACUUAACUGUAGCCCGUAAGUGGCCUCUGUUUGGAUCCAAGCUCUUUAGUGCCAAGCCGGUGCCCCUGUCUCCUGUUGAGCAGAACCAGGUGUGGCUGGCGGUCAGUGAGGACGGGCUGUGUCUACUAGACAACACAAUGCACACGCUGGUCACAUACUCCUACCAGUCUGUGAUUACCUUUGGAGGUUACUGUGACGAUUUCAUGGUGGUCGUGAGCCAGCAGAGGGAGCCGGGAGUUGGGAAGAAGAGUGUGGAGAAGCUGGUCUUUGCCAUGGCGAAACCAAAGAUACUGGAGCUGACUCUGCUCAUGGCCAGCUACAUUAACCACUGGAACCACAGCCUCUUGUCUGCCUCACACCAGUCCCACGGCCACUGGGACGUAGACAGCAGGCACUUCCCCUCUAUGAACUACACCACCAAAGGUCCAACACUACUGUGAACCAUGUAUGCAACAACAGCAAGGGCUGCAACCACAGGCACAUUUGAAAACAGGAUGCAUGCCCGGAUCAUUGCAGAAGACUUAACUGGGAGAUGAAAAUUUUCUUCUGCAUUACGAAAUCUUAGAUUUAGGAAUUUUUUCUUUAACAAAUAAGUGUUCCAACUGUGCUUUUAGGUGUAAAUCACUAUUUUUUUUAAUGAAGCUGAAAUUAAUUUGAAAUAUUUCAAAUGUUUGAGAUUUUUGUAAUUUCUACAGACAGCUCUUUUCUAUUUUCUGAACUUCAUGUUGCUUUUUUGUGUCACAAGACCUUACACUUGGAUGUACAAUGUUUCAUACCCAGUGGUGGGCACAGCUAAUUGCAAAGUUAGCUUCAGUAACCAAUAAACCGAUAA